UCUGUUUUCUCUUCUUUUAACUUUCCUCCAGUAUAUAAUCUGCUCCCCUUUCCUCCUGUCUGACACACUCACCUACUGUAUAUACCCUCCUCCUCAUCAUCCUUUUUACCUCUGUCUGCUCUUUUUCAUUUACAUUCACUGCUACACUUCAAUUCACUCUAUUCCACUCACUCAUUCAUUCCUGCUGCUUGAUUUUUUCCUCACCUUUUUCUUCUUUUUCAUCUCUCAAACUCUCCAUUAUUCUCUUUUUUCCCCUCUUUAGCCUAAGGGUAUAUUGGUUUCACUGGCUCCCAUACAUUACACACUCUCUCCUCUAAUUGCCAUUUCUGCUUUUAUACCUUUCACAAUCCCGCUCUCCUCGCCAGUCGCUCUCCCGCUCACUCCAGACGCAAUUACCACUCAGAUCCCGUCACAAUGUACUCCUCCGAGGAGCUGUGGAACUCCACGGAGCAGGUGUGGAUCAACGGCUCGGAGGCGAACUUCUCCAUGGAACGUCAUGGGGAUGAUGACGGGGGGAAUCAGCACCCCUUCCUCACAGACGCCUGGCUGGUCCCACUUUUCUUCUCUCUCAUCAUGCUGGUUGGACUGGUGGGCAACUCUCUGGUUAUUUAUGUCAUUUCUAAACACAGGCAGAUGAGGACAGCCACCAACUUUUACAUAGCAAACCUGGCCGCCACCGACAUCAUCUUCUUGGUUUGCUGCGUCCCUUUUACCGCCACGCUCUACCCUCUACCCGGAUGGAUCUUCGGCAACUUUAUGUGCAAAUUUGUUGCCUUUCUGCAGCAGGUGACAGUGCAAGCCACUUGCAUCACUCUGACAGCGAUGAGUGGGGACCGCUGUUAUGUCACCGUCUACCCACUGAAAUCCCUCCGCCACCGCACACCGAAAGUAGCCAUGAUUGUCAGCGUCUGCAUUUGGAUCGGCUCCCUUAUCCUGUCUACUCCAAUUUUAAUGUACCAACGGAUUGAAGAAGGCUAUUGGUAUGGCCCGAGGCAGUACUGCAUGGAGAGGUUUCCAUCUAAGACACAUGAGAGGGCUUUCAUCCUCUACCAGUUCAUUGCUGCCUACCUGCUGCCUGUUCUCACCAUCUCAUUCUGCUACACUCUGAUGGUGAAGAGAGUGGGCCAGCCCACCGUCGAACCUGUAGACAACAACUAUCAAGUAAACCUUCUGUCUGAGAGAACAAUCAGCAUCAGGAGUAAAGUCUCCAAGAUGGUGGUGGUCAUCGUCCUCCUCUUUGCCAUCUGCUGGGGUCCCAUCCAGAUCUUCGUCCUCUUCCAGUCUUUCUAUCCAAACUACCGGCCAAACUACGCCACUUAUAAGAUCAAAACCUGGGCCAACUGCAUGUCCUACGCCAACUCCUCCGUCAAUCCCAUAGUGUAUGGUUUCAUGGGAGCCAGUUUCCAGAAGUCCUUCAGGAAGACCUUCCCUUUUCUGUUUAAACACAAGGUCAGAGACAGCAGCAUGGCCUCCAGGACUGCCAAUGCUGAGAUCAAAUUUGUUGCCGCGGAGGAGGGCAACAAUAACCACGGGGGGAACUGAAUCUGAUGACUGAAAAUGAAAAGCGUCUUUGUAUCAAGAGAAUUAAUGUGUCGGCCCAGGGUUCAUUGUGCGAAAGUGUUAAUAGAGCAACUGGCUGAUCUGAAAAAGGACGUGCUGUGUUUGGCAGACAUGUUUUAUUUAUGUUAUUAAAUACAUCUAAUUAACACACUGAGGUGGGGAAACACAGACUCAUUAAAUCAAUGGACCCUAGGAGUGUUUGGCGUGAUGUGCAACCCACUUUCCCUGCCAAGGCCAGGCAGUGUUGGCACAAAACAUCACCCACUGAUCUGCCAAAUAACAGGACAGACUCACAGAGCUGAUAUCAAAAAAGAAACUAUCUGCCACUACCUGUAAGGUGACGGCUGAUAAGGUCUGCAGCUUUGGUAUUAACUACUUGGCAUGUGAACAGUGAUGGUAAUUUAUGC